CCUCCCACCCCAACCACAUCUCCUCAAUUUACUUGCCAGAUGUGACUGUUUAACCCAGUUUAUCGCAGCUUUUUUUAUUUUUGCUUUUGCGUUGCGCAUCUCAUCGUCCUGCGUCCUCCGCUUCUUCCUCUUUUGCUGCUCUCUUUUCCUGCAGCAGCUCUCGGACGCUUCUCUCUCACACUCUACUGGGUUUCUUUUUUAAAAGAUUUAUUUAUUAAUUAAAGGUUUGCUUGACCCCCUUGAAGGAAUGCGAGCAGUUUGCCUCUGUCUUCCGCAAAGCCUCAUGACCAGCUGCCCUGAAAACUGUCCCCCGGUCCCGUCUCGGGGUUGACGCUGUCCCUGUCCAUGGUGCUGAACAGCUUUUUCCCGAAGACGCCGUUGAGCUGCGGCUGCUGCUCCACAAAUCCUCCGUAUUUCUGGGUAUUUUUGGGUUCUGCAGGUGAGAUGUCAGCAAUGAUCGCUUCAUCUACCCGGAGAGGCUUCUGAACUCAAAACAGAAGGAGUUGAUCCCGAAGGAAGCCAAACGAAUCGAUUGUGACUCCUACGGUUGAUUUCAGAGAGACUCCUUCGACUCUCACGCGCUCCCUUUCUCUUUUAUUUUUUUUAGACUUUUCCGAAAGAUGAACAUUGGAAUCAUGGACCAUUCGUGUAACUCAUCUUAACGUGGAAAUAUCUGGCCUAAAAAUAACGACAAGCCGGCUGGGGGCGGGGGGACUGGAAGUAGCGGGUGAAUUAUCUUCAUUUGUAGCAUAUCCAAAAAUAUUUGUGUUGAUGCCGGAAAGGGGUCACUUCUAUUCUGGAUCAGCUGAGACUAAAACAACCCCUUCUGCCCUAAAAUAAAAACUUGUCCUGAAUACCAAAUGUCAGUUUGAGGAGGUCUCAUCAAGACAAUGGAGGCGUCCGCCAAUGGGUCCAGUUUUGGCAUCGACUCUCUGCUGUCCCACAGGCCUGGGAGUCCGGUGUCCAAAGGGGACAGUCUGGUGGGAGAGUGCCGCUCGCCUCUGGAGUUCAGCCCCAGAUCAGAAGUGGAGAGCGGCUGUUCGUCGCCUCCGUCGCCGAGGAGGGAGUGCGUGGAUGAGGUAGCCCAGAGGCAAGGUCACGGCGUCGGCCUACCACCGCACCUGCAGCACGCGCAGAUAUCUGCUGGGUCGCAGCAGAGGACCGUGACCUCGUCGUUUCUCAUCAGAGAUAUUCUCGCGGACUGUAAGCCUCUGGCUGCCUGCGCUCCUUACUCCAGCAAUGGACAGCCGACUCAGGAGGCGGGGAGGCUGGCCUCGAAGAUUGCGGACGACUUUAUGGAGAAAAUCCACAGCAACUCAUCGUCAGACAGUGAAUAUAAAGUGAAAGAGGAGGGAGACAGAGAGAUCUCAAGCAGCAGAGACAGCCCUCAGGUCCGGCUGAAGAAGCCCAGGAAGGCCCGGACAGCCUUCACAGACCACCAGCUGGCCCAACUGGAGCGCAGUUUCGAGCGGCAGAAGUACCUGAGCGUCCAGGACCGCAUGGAGCUGGCGGCCUCCCUCAACCUCACCGACACGCAGGUCAAGACCUGGUACCAGAACCGGAGGACAAAGUGGAAGAGGCAGACGGCGGUAGGACUCGAGCUUCUGGCCGAAGCUGGAAACUACUCCGCCCUGCAGAGGAUGUUCCCGUCCCCGUAUUUCUACCCGCAGAGCCUGGUGUCCAACCUGGACCCCGGAGCUGCCCUCUAUCUGUACAGAGGCCCAUCGGCGCCCCCGCCGGCCCUGCAGAGACCCCUGGUUCCUCGGAUCCUGCUCCACGGCCUGCAGGGGGCUAGCGAGCCGCCACCUCCCCCGCCUCCCCUGCCUCCUAUGAGCGGCGUGCUUCCCCGGCCAGCUCAGCAGCGGGUGCUGGAUGCGCGCUCCUCUGCCAAACGGCUCCAACAGCUGGUGACCGGGCUGGAGCUGACUGCAGACCGGGGAUCAGCGUGGGGACAGCUGGUCAGCGGCUCCACCACAACUACCACCACAACCCCUCCCUUCAUCCUUACAAAUUUCAAUCAGCCACCCAUGCACCAACCCCACUCUCAUCCUCCAAGUCUGUGUGGACCCAAGUUAUUCGGCCAUGGCGCUUUGGGGGUUAAAGGAGUUCAGGCUGACGGACACGACUUGGCAUGUAGGAUGUUAACGAUUAGACAAAAGACUUUAAUAGGUUUUAAUUGAAAGUCGAUAAUGGGUUUGAUAGCCAGCUCCCCCUGCUGUCCUCCACGCAAGGCACCUGUUAUCUGGGGGCUCCACUUAGUGGCUGACCAUGCCGUGAAAUAUCAGACUGACGGCCCGAUAACGUGCGCUUUCAUGAUGCGUAAAAUUGCAUUAAAAAUACAGUUAGCCGGCCCGGCGGGUUUUGACGACUGGGAAAGUGAAGAGAAGGAGAAAAAAAAUCACCUCCCAACUUGCCAAAAGAUCAUUAUAGUCCCAUCACAAGGAUCCGUGACCGAUUCAGUUAACAACGAGCCAUUUUUGGG